UAUCUGUGGUAUCCAAACCAUGGAAGAUGAGAAUGCUGUACCUUUGAAGGAUUUUAUUGCAUCACUGCCGAUAAUCUCAUUGCCAAGAAUAUUACAGAUUGCUUCUGGGGUUUAUUUGCAAAGUUCAGUAUAUGAUAUCCAGGGAUCUGAAUGUUGCUUGUCAACUGGGGAUUUGCUGAAAGUUGUUGGCAAAGAGUUGCAAUCUGUGUCUCUUGUGAAUCUGCAAACAGGAAAGUACCAGAACCUACCCAAUGACUUCCAAGGUGUUUUUCAAAUCAGUGUGCAUAAUUGUGUGUACAACACUCUUGGGAAGUUACACGAGCAGUUAUCCUAUGGAGAUUACAUGCUUCCAUACUGGUUUACCUCCAAGUCUGACGUUACCGUGGGAGAUCAUCUCUUAAAGCAGCUACUUCCUAUUCAAUUAGUGUCAGUUGACAGACACACCCAUUGUGCUGAGUGUCAUGUCUGCCAUGGUCCAGAGUCAUACAGCAUCACCAUCCCCUUAUCAACGGCGGGACAAUUCUAUGAGUGUGAAAAUGAGGAAUCAUAUCAAUUGGAACAGAUAUUGCAAUCUCCAGCAUUACUGAAACGUAAUUUGAAAUGCAGAAGUAUUGGGACUGAAAUGUACAAUCUCAGGCCAGUGUAUGAAAUCAAUACUAUCAUGCAGAUGAGAAAAGAUUUUGUGAAGAUACCAUCAAGCCUAGAAGUAGAUGUAAUAGACAUCACUGACCAGUGUGGAGACAUCACCUUUAUCCAGCCAUUGCUCUUGACAGAAGUUUGUGAGCAUGAAGACAAGUUUCCAGUUGUAGCAGAAAUUCUGGAUAGAGGAGAAUGCAACCAUUUGUUGAACAAUGACAAAUACUCUGCUCUACAUAGAGGACAAAAAAUCAUAAUUUACAAAAAAAUUAUUUCCAAAAAAGUGCUAGCAUCAGGCACAAAAGGUAGGACAUCCAGGUUCUUUUACAUACACAAUUUGUACCGAGGGAAAUUUCGUCAAAGACCAAGAGAGUUUUCAUCAAUUUACGAUAUUUGGGCCAGAAUGAUAGAUAAAAGCAAAUUAACGGUGGUGGCUACCCAGGAUUGUGAGAGUGUUAGUGAUAAUUUCCCUUCGCUUUGUAUUGGAGAUCAUUUACAUAUUUUGCAUCAUACCAGAGCGGUCCCAUCAAUGGGAACAGAAGAAGUAGAUAUGUUAGCGUGUAUUAAAGAAUCUGCAGAUGAUGAUGAUGAUGAUGAUGAUGAUGAUGAUGAUGAACCUGAAGAAAUCAUGCUGCCUUUUUAUAUGGAAGGACGUUUUGUAGAAGACGUUAAAGAUAAUAAAAAAUACAGUAUUUCCAAUAUAAUUCAGAAGCUUCAGUUUCCUUGCGAUGUCAAAGUUGUGACAAAAGACACAGCUUUGCCUGUUGAUCCUUUGGCUUCUUUUGGUUCUCUCAGGCUGGAAGAGACUAUUGAAGAACCUGUUUUGUUGGUCAGUCUAUGUGACAAGGUCUCAGAAUGUUUUGAGCUGCCUAUUACAUACUGUAAUAUUUCAGUGGUUUUAUUGGAAGAUCCAGUGACAUCAGUUGAAGGACCGAUUACUUCCAUUACGGUGGAAGAGCUUCAGGAAUGGUUUUAUUAUAGUCUGCUGAAAAGCUUGCCAAGCAAUCAACUGCCGCCUCCGAGGCCACCUAAAAGACAAACCCAAACUAAAGAAGAAAAACCACACGCUGAAUCUGCAAGGUCAAAAAAUACAAUUCCUCUCAGUUUAAAGGAACCAGAAAACAUCUGUUCUGGCCCUGUCAUCCCCCCCAGGCGCCCUUCGAAUGGAAGAAAAACAAUCGUUGAGACAUAUAAUUUGCAGCAGAGUAAUGAGUACACUCCAACACCAAAAAAUAUCUCAGUUAAAGAAGAAGAUAGUGACAGUGAUCAUGACUAUGAACAAAUAACAGAAGAAAUGCAAAAUCAGUUAUCGGUAUUUUACUGAACAAGUGAAGAAGACACAGCGACUCACCACUCAAAAAAAGUGUACUAGAGACACCAAGCUGUGACUUCAACUGAACAGGAAUUAGUUAUAAAUAUGUACAAAAUCGCAGAUGAACUUGGCAUGAGAGAAAGCCACAGGCACUGCAUUGUAUCACUUUCUUUAAAGAUUCAGACUCAACUUCCGGUUCUGGCUGCGAUGUGUUAGCAGCGUGGGGAGAGUGCUCCGCUGCCGCCCGUCAGAUAAUAUCCUUUAAAUGGCUGAAAAACCUCCACGAUGGCCCUGCAAACUCUCUUACCCCCUCUGUGGAGGACCAGUGAUCACCAUGGACCGAUAUUUGGCCCCCGCAGCGCUCACGAAGAAGGAGCAGAGGAGGAGGGAGAAGCGCCGCAUGGAGCUGAAAAUGGCGCUGGAUGCGGAGGCUCCAGCAGCGCCCCCCCCCUCCUCCUCUGCUGCCUCACCACACAUAACGGAAGCUGCGCUGACUGCAGCAGUGACUGAACCUGCUCCAGCUACCCUAACUACUGACCAGGUACUGUUACUUUACACCCGCUAUGCCAGUCACAUACAGCAAUAUGGUGGGCGCGAAACGCACGGCAAUGGGUCCCUUAGUACAGACCCAGACAGCGGAUAUUAACAAGCAACUGGCCCAGCUCACACACCGGGUAUUGCAAACUGAGCAAAGAGCAGGCGAAAUGUUUCACGAGCUCAAGCAGGACGUAGCCCAUGUAUCUCAUUCUCAGAUUUGGAACAAACUAGAUGAUCUAGAAAAUAGAUUAAGUAGAUCGAACUUGCGUGUGAUUGGCCUCCUUGAGACUCUUAAAAGUACAGCAUUGUAUACUUUCCUCCGUGUCACCCUACCAGAAUUGCUGAAUAUUGCGGACUCCUGCCGGGAUAUGGUCAUAGAGAGCGCACAGGGUGGGUGCUCAAAAGAGCUAUGAUGGAGCUAGACCCAGAGUCGUGCUAUUUAAAUGCCUCAAUUUUUUGCACAAGGAGGAAAUCUGGAAAGCUUACCGUAAAAUACGUAAUAUCUCCUGGGAAUCGCAUAAAAUAUUAAUUUUUCAAGACUAUUCAGUUGAACUUUCAAGAGCAAGGAGGGCAUUCUCUAAUCUGUGUUCAAAACUUGUGCAGCUCAACAGGAAAUUCUCCCUAUUGUACCCACCACGACUCCGCAUUUACUCGGGCAACUCCUUUACGGAUUUCCUCAUCGGCAGAUGAUGCAGAAGCCUUCCUGAAAGAGGAAGAGGAAUCGGAUAUUCGGCAUAAAGUCACCUCUGGAGACAUAUGAGUCUUGACUCAUGGAAUUUAACUUUGAUUAUACUGCAAGUUAUCUUUAAUACCUGCUCUCGAUGAUUAAUCAUAUGUAACUUGUUAUAACUACAUGUUACGGCUCCUAUCUCCUACAGUUAUGUUAUAGCAUAUAUUCUGGAUAAUUCUGUGGUUUACCAUUUCUAACUUCAUAAUGGUAUUACUACUGGAUUGCUAUCCAUAUGCUUAAACUAGUCUAUAAUAUUGCUGGAAUUUACUUAUUAGUUUUGCAGGCCACGACUUGUGUAAUGUUAAUAUUCGGCGGGGUAGGCGAGGAUCUUCUCCUCCCUCUUCUUGGUUCUUUUAUAUUUGUCAAUUAUAUUUUCACUAUAUGUUUCAUUUACUGCUCAAGAGCGGGAUGCCAUGCUGCUAGUCGGGUGGCAUCGUACGCUCUCUCUGUGGUUUUUCUGUGGGGUACAGAUCAUUACACUGUUACCUUUCAUAUGCUAUCCCCUCUCCCUUCUCUUCCCAUCUUUCUCCCUCCACCAAGUCUCAUUUUAUCACAAUGGCGAAAUAUGUGUCAGAGUUCAAAUAUUAGCUGGGUAUUUUUCACUUCUUUAUUUUCACAGUUACCCAUGCCUACAUACCAUGCAAGUAUUAGGUAAAUGUCUACUAUUAAAUUAGGAUCCUAGAAUGUUGGUGGGAUAAACGCACCACAAAAGAGGAAAAAAGUCUUAUUAUAUCUCAACAAAUUAAAGCUAGAUAUCGUUUAUUUGCAGGAAACUCAUCUGGUAAAAUCAGAGAUGCUUAAACUUAAUUCCUUAAAAUGGAAAUUGAUUGCUUCCUCACCCUAUUCAUCCAAAGCCAGGGGAGUAGCCAUAUUAGUCAAACAACAUGUACGUUUAAAGAUUAAGAAUUCAAUUGUGGACCCUGAUGGCAGAUACAUGGUAUGUAAGUGACCUUAGAUAAUAACCCUUAUCUGCUAUGCAAUUUAUACGCACCUAGGGGGUCAUUCCGAGUUGUUCGCUCAUUGACGAUUUUCGCUAUACUGCGAUUAGUCGCUUACUGCGCAUGCGCAAGGUACGCAGAGCGCAUGCGCUUAGUUAUUUUACACAAAAGUUAGGUAUUUUACUCACGGUAUAACAAAGCUUUUUCAUCGCUGUGCUGAUCGUAGUGUGAUUGACAGGAAGUGGGUGUUUCUGGGCGGAAACUGGACGUUUUAUGGGAGUGUGCGGAAAAACGCAGGCGUCAGAGUUGCAAAACGCAGGAGUGGCUGGAGAAACGGGGGAGUGGUUGGGCAAACGCUGGGUGUUUUUGUGACGUCAAACCAGGAACGAAAAGGACUGAGCUGGUCGCAAUGGCUGAGUAAGUCUGGAGCUACUCAAACUGCUAAGAAAUUUCUAUUCGCUAUUCUGCUAAUCUUUCGUUCGCACUUCUGCUAAGCUAAGAUUCACUCCCAGAGGGCGGCGGCCUAGCGUGUGCAAUGCUGCUAAAAGCAGCUAGCGAGCUAACAACUCGGAAUCACCCCCCUAAUACUAAUGUACAUCCCUUUUUGCAAAAAGUCUUACAAAUCCUUGUACCUCACACCGAUACCCCUAUUAUUAUAGGCGGUGAUCUCAAUAUUGUUUCUUCUUUGUUAUUAGAUAGACAAACACCUCGAAAUAGCAAGGUUAAACUACCCAAAAAAGGUAUUCCUUGGUUUACGCAGGCUAUGACCUUGAUAGAUAUAUGGAGAACUCUGAAUCCAACUGAUAGAGAAUACUCAUGCCUUUCGGCAGACCAUGGGACGCUCUCUAGAAUAGAUUAUCUGUUGCCUUCAGUGGCGUUGCUUCCCAACAUAGUGUCGGUGGGGAUUGUACCCAUUACUCUAUCAGAUCAUGCAGUCAUUUGGUUGGACAUGAAAUGACAUACUGAUAGGAGUACUUUCCGCUCUUGGAGGUUCCCCUCUUCCAUGGCAUUAUCUCUUGACUUCGGGAAUAAUCUUGAUAAGGCUUGGGACUCUUAAGGGGGGGUACUCAAGG